UCAGCCUUAUCUCCAUAGACGGGUGGCCUUGAAGGGUAACGUGGAUGUUAAUCCUGAAUGGUCAUGUCAAUCACAUGCAGGUAAAGAGAUAACAACUGACAACGCAGACAGACAGUCACGAGAAACGCUGAGCCAGGUCAUCAGAACAUUCAACUCUACUAUGAGACUGUUACUGCUACUGGUGCUGCUGGCGAAUGGGCACGCCGAAUCAGAGGUUAAGAUAACUGGACAUUGGGAAGGAGGGUUUAAUGGUCAGUUUUGUAUCCCUGUCACGGAAGACCUGCACGGAUGGUCAGCCCAUGUCAUCUUUGACCAGUCAAUCAAGUCACUUGAUGUGCAACAAGCUGCUGAAAUUGUGGAGACCAGAAACAACAACACUGAGUUCAUCAUGCACAACAAAGACUGGAACAAAGAAGAACAUGUUGGCUCCCAGAUCUGUAUAAACCUUCUGGGAAAAACGGAUGGCAAUAUUAUCCCUUCCGCCACAGUCUACAUCGCCGGUAUGGACGGUCCUACUGAUCAGCCGCCUACGGCUGGACCACAGAACUCCCUACUUCCAGGAAGUAGUGGGCAGACACCCGGCAUCGGUGCAACGUCCGGCGUCGGUGCCACGUCAGCUCCUUUUGUGACAUCAGGCACCGGUAUUGGUGGCGGUGAGGAAGUUAUCACCAACAAGAUGCAGAUAUACAACGACUGGGGUAACAGAUUCGAAGCCGAGUUUAGUUUUCCUGUCCACCAGAGGAUAGAGGGGUGGGAAGUAGCCAUCAACUUUUCAGAGCCUGUGGACAAACUGGAUAUGUGGGUAGCCGAUGUAUACAAAAAGUCUGCCGAUGGUAAAACCUGGGUGGUCAUCAACAAGCAGGAUCAUGUCUUCUUUGACAAAGGGGACACCAUCAAACUCCGCUUCUUCGGCAACACACAGGCGUCGUCCGCCCCAUCUGCUGUUGCUACACUCACCAACCUCGGCCACGACGACAAUGGAUUCCCUAAUGUCAAAAACACCGGAGGCACCAAGUACAACUACGACGAGGUCCUCUACAAGUCCAUUCUGUUCUAUGACGCUCAGAGAUCGGGCAAACUGCCAGCAAACAACCCCAUCCCCUGGAGAGGAGAUUCCGCCCUAGGAGACAAGGGAGAUAAUGGGGAGGACCUCACUGGUGGAUGGUAUGACGCUGGUGACCACGUCAAGUUCAACUUCCCCAUGUCGUGGUCCACCACCAUCCUCACCUGGAGUCUGCUGCAGUGGAAGGAGGCGUACGUGGAAUCCGGCCAGUACGACAACAUGCUGGACAGCAUCAGGUGGCCGCUCGACUACCUCCUCAAGUGUCACACAGCCAAGGACGAACUCUAUGUACAGGUUGGAAACGGAGGGGCAGACCACAGUUUCUGGGGCCGACCGGAAGACAUGAAAAUGGCCAGACCCGCGUUUAAGAUCACCCCUUCAAAACCCGGAAGUGACGUAGCUGGACAAACUGCAGCUGCCUUUGCCGCAGGAUCCAUGGCAUUUAAGGACAAAGACGCUGCCUAUUCCAAGACACUGUUGGACCACGCUGUACAGCUGUAUGACUUCGCCAUGGCCAACAAGGGACGAUACAGCCAGAGUGUUCCAGCAGCCGCCCAGUUCUAUCCGUCCACGAACAACACGGACGAGCACGCCUGGGCCGGACUGUGGCUGUAUCAGGCUACUGGAGACCCGAAAUACCUGACGGAGGCUGAGAAAUAUCACCAGCCUGGCGAGGCGUGGGGCAUGAGUUGGGACGACAACCAGGCCGCCAACAAUAUCCUGUUCUACAAGCUGACCCGUAAAGACAUCUACAAACAGGACCUGGAGGACACAUUCGAGAAGUACUGGUUCCCCAAUCAGGUCAUUAAGUACACACCUAAAGGACUGGCGUGGAGGCUGCAGUGGGGAUCUCUCAGAUAUGCAUCCAACAUGGCGUUAGCAGCUCUGAUGGCUGCAGAGGCAGGAGUGAACCCGGACAAGUACCGAGAGUGGGCCAUGAGUCAGAUCCACUAUGCUCUGGGAGACACUGGAUUCAGCUAUCUCAUUGGGUUCGGCAAGAACUACCCACACAGUCCCCAUCACAGAUCAAGCUCCUGUCCCUGGCCACCGGCUCCUUGUGGACCCCAGGUGAUGUCCAGCCACGCCCCUAAUGUCCACACCCUGUACGGAGCUAUGGUAGGAGGGCCCGAUAGCAGUGACGGCUACAAGGACGACCGAUCCAACUACGUCAACAACGAGGUGGCCUGUGACUACAACGCUGGGUUCCAGGCCGCUGUGGCAGGUCUGAGAUCUCUUGCCAAUAGAAACAUCCACCCGGAACAGCUGGGACCCUAGAGUUACAGAGUUCGGAUCAUUACUGGAUAAAAUAAACAGAGACAUCUA